GUAUUGGGGUGGACCGGAACGGGAGGUGCCCUGAGAUCGAGGUGGUACACGGAGCCUGGGGGUUGCUGUGGGAUCGGUGGGCUCCGGUACCGAGCGGGACCAGCCCUGGGAGUUUUCAUCGGUGUUGGGGAAACUGGGACCGGAGAGUGCCCCGGGAUCUGCCUGUACCGGGGGAGGCCCAGAACGGGUGGGAGAACGAACCGGGGGUCCCCGGUGCUGACGGUGGCCCGCAGGUGACCCCCGGUACCGAUCCGGUGCGCAGCCCCGCGCUGCAUGGACUGGUACAUGAUGAACUGCGAGCUCCUGGCCACCUGCAGCGCCCUGGGCUACCUGGAGGGCGACGUUUACCACCGGGAGCCCGACUGCCUCGAGAGCGUCAAGGACCUGAUCCGGUACCUGCGCCAUGAGGAUGAGACCCGGGACGUGCGGCAGCCUGGGGCAGCCCAAAUCCUGCAGAACGAUCUCCUGCCCAUCCUGGUGCAGUACCCCCAGGAGAAAGUGCUCUUUGAUGCUGUUAUCAGGUUGAUGGUGAACCUGACCCAGCCGGCCCUGCUGUGCUUUGGGAAGGUGCCAGCUGAUGCCACCUCCCGCCACCACUUUCUGCAGGUGCUGUCCUACCUGCAGGCCUACAAGGAGGCUUUUGCGAAUGAGAUGUUUGGGGUGCUCAGUGAGAAGCUCUACAACCUCCUGCAGCUGGACUGGGAGCAGCGGCAGGAGGAGGACGCGCUGCUGAUCGAGAGGAUCCUGCUGCUGGUGCGCAAUGUGCUGCACGUGCCCCCCGACCCCACGGAGGAGCAGCUGGGCGUGGAUGGCGAUGCCAGCGUGCACGACCGGGUGCUGUGGGCUCUGCACAUCAGCGGCAUGGACGACCUGCUGAAGUUCCUGGCCAGCGCCCAGGUGGAGCAGCAGUGGGCCCUGCACGUCCUGGAGAUCAUCUCCCUGAUGUUCCGUGAGCAGGUGAGCCGGGCCAGGGGUGGCAGGGCUGGGUGGCAGAGCCCCAGGGUGCUGACAGAGCUGCUGGCAGAGCCGGAGGAGCUGGCAGCGAUGGGACAGGGGACAGCAGGGGCUGAGCACGGGGAGGACACGCGGGAGCUGCAGAGCUUGAGGCAGAGGGAGAUGGCGGAGAGGAGCCGGGCACUGCAACGCACAUCCGAGGCAUUCUCGUUUUGUGGCUCCUACGUCCUGCAGGGCGUCAAGUCCAUCGGGGACAGGGAUGUGGUGUUCCACAAGGGGGCUGCACAAUGUGAGUCUUACAGCCACGACCUGGGCAAGGAGCCGCGGCGGCUGCCCCGGCGCCGGCAGCCCGCCCCCGAGGCCGAGCCCUCCCGCCGCUCCGCCCGCAACGUGCGGCUCUUGCGCCGCUUCUGCCAGGACUUCCUGCAGGACUGCUACAACCGCCUGAUGCUGCUGGUCAAGGACCAGCUGGUGAGAGAGAAGGCUCAGGAGCAUGAUGAGACCUAUUACCUGUGGGCCACCUCCUUCUUCAUGGCCUUCAACCGCUCCAGGGCUUCCGGCCGGCUGGUGUCCGAGACCGUGGGCGUCCGAGCCUUCCACUUCAUCGAGCAGAACCUCACCACCUACUAUGAGAUGGCACUGAUGGACAAGAAGGAGGCAACAACCUGGGCCCGUAGGAUGCCUGCCCUGAAGGCAUACCAGGAGCUGCUGAGGACGCUGCAGGAGAUGGAUCGCUACCCGGAGCAGGCGGUGAGGGACAGCAGCCAGGUCAUCAAGAGCAACAUCUUCUACCUGAUGGAAUACCGGGAGCUCUUCCUCACGCUCUUCCGCAAGUUUGACGAGACCAAACAGCCCCGGAGCUUCCUGAAGGACCUGGUGGAGACAGCUCACCUCUUCCUGCGCAUGCUGGAGCGCUUCUGCCGCGGCCGUGCCAACCUUGUGGUGCAGAGCAAGCGUGUGAGGAGGAAGAAGAAGAAGAAGCCUCAUGUGCCUGCAGUCCCUGCCCCACCCAGCGCCGAGGAGCUGGAGCAGCUCUGGGAAGGAUUGGCCCCGCAGGUCCAGGCCUGCCUGGAGGGUGAGGUGCCCCUGCCCGAGGACGUGGUGCCCUUCGAUGCCACCUCGGAGACGCCGGUGGAGGAGCAGCGGGCGGAGGCUCUGCUGAGGAUCCAGGAGUGCCUGAGGGAUUCCCGUGUGCCCCAGGCCCUGCAGCUGCUGCGCUCGGCCAGGGAGGUCUGGCCUGAAGGGGACGUGUUUGGAUCCGCGGAUGUGGGGCCAGAAGAGGAGACGCGGCUGCUGAGGGAGAUCCUCGUCGCUGCCCUGCCCAGGCACACACCCACUGAGCCUGAAGAGCCGGAGGAAGAAGAAGAAGAGGAGGACGAGGAAGAGGAGGAGCAAACCAUGCAGGUGUCAGAGAAGGAAUUCAACUUCCUCGACUACCUGAAGCGGUUUGCCUGUGCCCCCGUGGUGCGGGCGCUGGUGCUGCUGCUGCGCGGCUACGCCCGGAACAGCGCCCGCACCAACCACUGCGCCGCGCGGCUGCUGCACCGCCUGGCCCGCGACCUGCGCAUGGAGCCCCUGCUCUUCCAGCUCUCCCUCUUCGCCCUCUUCCACCGCCUGCUCAGCGACCCCGCGGCGGCCGCGCACCAGGAGCUGGUGACCUUGGCCAAGUUCAUCCUGGGCAAGUUCUUUGCGCUGGCGGCCACCAACAAAAAAGCUUUUGUGGAGCUGCUCUUCUGGAAGAGCCCUGCCAUUGUGGGUGAGAUGACCCAGGGCUACAGCUCCCUGCAGGAGGGAGAGGGGACCACCCGGAGCCGGGUGCCCCCCUGGACCCCUCAGGAGGAGCAGGAGCUGCGGGAGCUCUACUGGAAAUACAAGGAGAUGGAAGGUGGGGACAUCAUCGCUGCCAUCCUGGCCCAGCUCCCCUCACCUGGACGGACGCGCAGGCAGGUGGUGAAGCAGCUGGUGAGGAUGGGGCUGGCCAGCAGUGCCAAGGACUUCCCGAGGGAGAGGAAAGGCACCCGCAUCGUGCUGUGGACGCAGGAGCAGGAGGAGGAGCUGACGCGGCUCUUCGAGGAGUUCCAGGGCUCGGAUGACGUCCUGGGGAACAUCAUGAAGCACCUGACGGCGCGGCGCUCGCGGGCUCGCGUGGUGGAGAAGCUGCUGGGGCUGGGGCUGGUGGCUGAGCGCAAGGAGCUCUACAAGAAACGCAGGAGGAAGAGCCAAGGGCACGGCCCUGGGCAGGCUGCCCCAGGUGUCCUGGCCAUGCCAGCCCAAGACAGCUCAGGAGAGGAUGAGGACAGCGAGGAGGAGGAAGAGGAGGAUGAGGAUGAUGAAGGCCUCACAGAAGAGCGCUGGGUGCCUGAGGAAGGGGCUGGGCAGGACCUGGCGCAGCACCUGCAUCAGGAAGGGCUGGCCGGGCCCCUGCGGUGGCUGCAGAACUGCCUGAGGAGAGCAGCAGAGGACCGAGAGGAGGACGGUGUGUCCCACCCGGUGCCGCUGGUGCCGCUCACGGAGGAGAACGAGGAUGCCAUGGAGGAUCGGCGCUUCCGGAACCUUCUGCGGCAGCUGGGGCUGCGGCCGCCCGCCAGCGAGCAGGAAUCCUUCUGGCGCAUCCCGGCCGCCCUCACCCCGCAGCAGCUCCGUCGUGCCGCCGCCUCCAUCGCCCACCGUGACCCCCCAGGAUCCCCCCAGAACCUUCCAGAGCCCCCCAGGUGCCCCCAGGACGGGGCUGCAGAGCCGCUGAUGGCAGCGCUGGGAUCAGACUCGGAGAGUGAGGAGCCUGUCCCUGUCCCUGUCCCCAGCCCGGUGCUGGCGCGCACCAAGAGGCGCCGGGAGCUCGCCAGUGAGGAUGAGGAUGAGGAUGGUGGGAGCUCAGGAACCGAGCCACCCCCACCAGCUCCUCGCUCUGAGGAGGAUGAGGAUGAGGAAGAUCCACAGCCCCGGGGGAGGAGGAAGCGCAUCCGCUGCCUGGAAGAGGAGGAGGACUGAGAAGCUUCCCUGUGCCCAGGCCUUGUGCUGUUUCCUGGGCUUUUUGCAGAUUUUAUUGGAUUUCUGCAGCUUUUCUACAGUUUUUCUUGGGUUUCUGCAGUUUUUCUUGGGUUUUCUAGGUUUUAUGGGGUUUCUACAGAUUGCCUUCUGCAGGUUUUGAUGCUGUUUUUAAAAGCUGCACAACCAACCAGUUUCUCCACCUUCCCCUGCUGUCACCAUCUCCCUGUUUUACCCCAAAUUUCCUCCUUUUUUCCUCAUCUGUCGGGGUUUUGGAUUUUUUUUUUUUCUUCUUAAAACUUUUUAAAUCUAGACAAGGCCUAAAUAAACACAAGUGACUUUUGCCCUC